GUCAUUUGAUUUUCAUAUGCUACAUUGUAAAACAUGAAAUAAAUGGAUAAGAGUAUAAACAUUGAUACUAUGUAAUGAGAAAUAAAUUGAAAGAUAUAAUGCAAAUGAUUAAACUUUAUAAUUUAUUUCUUUUAAUCAUUUUAUCAUAUAAUAUUUAUGGUCAAUAUAUAAAGAAAUUGCCGGAUCAUUUGAAUAGAUUCAAGUUUCCUGUUAGAUAUCUUUCAGAAAAACAUUAUUUACCAAAUAUACUAUCAUCAUCAUCAUCAUCGUCGUCGUCGUCGUCGCCAUCGUCAAAGGAAGGAGUGGUAGCAGUUCCAGCAGCUUCUGUAGCACAAUUAACUUCAUCAUCAUCUUCUCUGAUGUUUCCAUCUUUUAUACAAACCAAACUUCAACGUAAAUUUUCUGAUUUUCAUGAUAAAUUUUAUUUUGAUGAUGCAUCAGUAUUAUCUGCUUCUAAUUCUUAUUCAUUAGAAAAUAAUAUUCCAUUGAAUAGUAAAACUGCUAGCAACAACUCAACUACUAUUACUACUACUACUAACAAUAAUAAUAAUAAUAAUAAGAUUAUUAUUGAUGAAAUCAAUGAUAAUUUACAAACUUCCUAUUUAUGGAAUAAAGAACAAGAAUUAAAUCCAUACAGACAACAAAUAGCUCAACAAUCACGUCUACUAAAUCAAUAUUCUGAUAUGAAAAGAACAAAAUUUAUGAAAUUGCCUACCUCUUCAUCAUCAUCAUCAUCAUCUUUUCAACCGCUUACAAUAUACCCUUCAUCAAUUAUACAAAGUGCAUAUAAUAAAAGUUUAUCAAAUUAUGUUGAUCAUCAAAAUAAACAAUUAAAGCAUAAAACUCAAUUAAAAUGGCAGAAUCAACAAAAUCCAGUAAUUAAUUCAAUAAAAUUCAAUAAACAGAAUAAAAGUAAUACAGAAGAGAAAGUACCUCAAAUUAAAGGACGUUGGUGGUUAGAUACGAUAGCUAAACUUCUACAUUCACAUCCAUUAACUUUGUCUGGUAAUUCACGGAGUUUAUAUAAUCCAAUCAUUGAAAUUUAUGCUGAAAACAAUCAAUCACCAUCUAGUGCAAUGAAUGAAGAAACUAUGAUACCAUGGAAUAAUGUACCAGGAUUAAAUUAUCAGAAUGAAAGACAAAUUGUUCCGUAUGUGAACCAUGAAAUUCAUGCUGGCUCUAGUAACAAUAAUAAUAAUAAUAAUCAAAACCAUCCGUCAGUUUAUGGAUGGAGACGACAGAUUUUCGAUCCUAUCUCACAUAAUACAGCAUGGAUAGAACAUCAUCUCAGACAACGUAUACAACGUUACAAACAAUGGUUAUCACCAAAACAAUGGAAACAAUUUUUAACAGAUGAUUCUACAACUAUUGGCAGUCGAAUGAAUGCACCGGCUAAAUUUAAUCUUGCUUUAUUUGAAGCUGCAGUGGUUGGUGUAAGACGUGCAGUAGCUGAAUGUCGUUAUCAGUUUCGGCAUGAAAGAUGGAAUUGUAGUCAAGUGCUUGAUGAUGAAACUGCUUUAUUUGGAAACAUUUUACUGAAAGGUAUACCACAAACUGCAUUUAUUUAUUCAAUUAUCAAUGCUGGAAUAGUUCAAUCUGUAGCUGAAGCAUGUUUAAAUCAAAUCGAUAAUUGUCCAUGUAAUAAUCGAGGUAGACAAGAACCAUUUUCAGAUUGGCAAUGGCAAGGAUGCGAUCAUAAUAUUCAUUAUGGUAGAAGAUUUUCACGACGUUUACUCGAUACAAUGGAACGUGGUUCACAUAUAAGAUUUGAAAUGAAUUUACAUAAUAAUGGUGUCGGUCGACAAUUAGUUAUUAAAAACAUGGAACGUUAUUGUCGAUGCCAUGGAACAAGUGGAUCAUGUACCUUAAGAACCUGUUAUCGAAGAACACCACGAAUGAGAACACUUGGAACUUUGUUAAAACAUAUAUAUGAUCAUGAUUUAGUACAAGUUAAACUAGAUUCCAAUAGUCUGCGAUCAACCCGUAGUACAUACAAAGAUAAACAAGAGACCUCUUCCUCUACAUCAAAUCAUUUUAAACAUUCAUAUUUAGAUAAAGCUAUCAAAUUUAUACCUUAUCAGAAAAACAUGAAAAAACAAUUAACCCCAAUAUUAUCAUCUAUAUCCAAUGACUAUUAUGAUAGAAACGCCAAUAAUGUAAAGAAAACUCCCAAAAAAUCCAAUUUGAUUAUUAUAAACCCAACAAAAACAACAACAACUAUUCAUUCAUCCAUGUUAACUAAAUCCAAUGAACUAAUGAAUCAUUCAAUACAUCCACAUUUAUCCCAAUUAGUUUAUUAUGAAUUAAUAAAUGAGAAAUUGUUUUGUCAUUCUAAUUCAUUUUAUCAUAUAUUAGGUACAAAAGGUCGUUUAUGUAAUUCAUCUUCAAUUUAUAUGAAUAAUUGUCAUCAUUUAUGUUGUGGUCGAGGUUAUAUAACACAUCAUUAUUAUAUUAUGGAAUCAUGUCAUUGUAAAUUUAUAUGGUGUUGUCGUGUUGAAUGUCAACAAUGUUUAGUAUUAAAAAAAGUAGAAACUUGUAUUUAA